UCAAUCAAUAAGAGAAAUAGUUUGUUACAUAGUCUUCUUCUUCUUCUUCGCUUCACUCAGAGAUCAGUCGUCGAGAAAAGAUGUCCUCAACGAAGACGAUGUUUCUUCAGAUUCUUACUCCAAUCCUCCUCCUGCUUCCUCUCUUCAUCUCGUCUUCCUCUGGUGAAGCAGUUAACUCAAGUGAGAACGUAGGGGUAUGCGUUUCCAAAGGAGGACGAUCUCAUCAGCCAUACGAGCUAGAAGGAAAGCUUCCCGAGUCUGCUGAUCUUGAGUUUAAGGAACUAAACCUCUGUAAUGUGUUCCAUGGCAAGACUUGUUGCUCUGCUUCUUCAGGGAUGCUCUCUGCUUCGUUAGCUCUCCAAAACCUAGCUGCUCACGGAGACGCUUCUAAAGACUGCUUGUUUUGGUUUGAGCUUUUGGAAUGUUCAAUCUGUCAUCCAGAUGUUGGAGUUCAGUCAGGUCCUAUUCGCAUUUGUGCUUCCUUCUGUGACAGUGUCUUUGAAGCUUGCUCAGACGCUUCCUUUAGCAGUAAUACUCAGGUUGUAGUACCUUGUGCACCAAGCAAUGGUACCAUCUGCGAGAAAGCUUCUAAGUUGGUGACUAACGGCACAGCGUUCUGUGAAGCAGUUGGUUUCACUGUUCUUCAAGGAGCUGAUGAUUCUGUUGAAGAGCCUUGUUACGGAAGCAAAAGAGUUUUGGUCACAGCGGUGGAGUCAUUUAAAAAGACUGUUCGGCUUCAAGAUCUUAAGAACAAGCUGGUGAUGAUGAAUAUGCAGAUGUGUUGGAGUGGAUCGGUUUUUGUACUAGCAAUAGCGCUCGUGAACAUGUGGGUUCAUCAGGAGGAGAUGGAGAGGGAUGCAAGAAGAUUGAGAAGAAGGAACAGGAUUAGAAGAAGAUUCUACUAACUCUGUUUUUGAGUUACUUAUCAUAGAGGCUCUGUUACAUUCAUAUAUUUUCACUGCUAUUAAUUCUUUGGGAGUUUUUGAGACGCAAUAAGUGUAAAUCCAACAGU